GCAUAGUUUUAAAAAAAACCCGCUGAGCCAUUCUGCGAAGUCUAGAAUGCUGUUCGGGCGCAAUACGAAACCCUGCUCUUCGCGCCCCGGCUUCUCAGUUCUUCGCCCUCGUGCUUUCGGGGUUGGGAGGCAUACGGCCAGCCGUUGAGGUUGCACCGUAGCAAGAGCUGUGUGAACCUUCUUUCCUCUUCCCUUCGCCUUUCAUUCGGAAAUGGCCGCUGGAGACAGAGACUGGGACUUCCAUCUGAGAUCGUUGUCUGCUAGUGCCAGAGACUCCAAUUUCGCCAAUGAUCCGGCUUCUGAUCCUUCUCUCCUUUAUUCCGUGAAAAAGCUGUACGAAGUGUGUAAAGCUGAGAAAUCUGAGGAUUUGGUUGCUAGGGUUUAUCCGUCAUUAAACAAGCUUUUUCAACGUUCGGUGGCUUCCAUUUCACAAUCUCGGACCACUAAUGGCCUUCUCUUAUUGGCUAUUCUUCAAUUUUUUCUUGAUUUUGGAGAGGAGGUUCUGCAUGAUGCUGAUCCUAGUCUAAGGAUGUUUUUCCGUUCAUAUUUGAGCCGUGAGUUUGCAGAUCCUCUUGUUGCAGAAGCAACACUUAAUUUUCUGAAUGCAAACAAGCAAAAACUUUUGAGUGCUUUCCCUACCCUACUGCCCCAGUUUUUUCCAUUGCUGCUAAAGCUGAUUGCUUGGAAUGGAGAAAAAUUUAAAAAAUCAUUUCUGAAGAUUUUCCCUGGCUUGAUGUCUCCUGGGUCAUUUCUUCCACUAUUCCCAUCACUGGUAGACCUGCCUAUUCUUGUUGUGGCAUUGGAAAAGGUAGAGCGUAACUCAGGAUCACUAAUUGGCAGCGGCAUAGCUUCAAUCCAGAAGAGUACGGCUCCUGAGAUGCUACUCGCAUUUAUGGAUGAAGCUUACACUGGUUCAACCAUCGGAGGUGGAGGGGCAGACUCUGAAUCUGAGGACAAUAAUACUAUUGAUGUAGCUGAUCCUUUGUUUCUUGACCUUCUUAAGGAUGAGAAUGAUGGCCUUGCUGAACGCCAAUGGACUUCUCCAGGGAUAGUCACUGCAUUACAGGCUGCUAUUAAUAACACCCAGUCUGAUAGGCUGAAACAAACACUCAAUAUGGCCCCUCAGAUUCUUGACACAUAUUUUUCAAUAGCACUGCGUGACGUCAACAAUUCAUUGAUCUGUGCUUUAAUCCCUCUGAUUAUGUCAAGAAAUGCCACAAUAUUUCCUGACAAAAUUUUCUCAUAUGAGGUUCGGAAAAGGCUCUUAGAGUUCAUGCUUGCUGCAUUUCAACGAUCUCCAAAUUUUAUUGCACUGUUGAAGAAGCCUAUAAUUGACAGACUUGGAGAAGCUUAUGACAACCCUGCAAAGACCGAAUUGGCAUUACAGUUGUGUUGGGCCAUCGGGGAGCACGGUGGGGGUGGUGGAUCUCACAAAGAUGCAGCUCGUGAGCUUUUUGAGAGUUUGGAAUUACUUCUGUAUGAGAACCUUUCGUCUAGACAAGAAUCAGCUCUUAACUCUGAUAGUGCAACCUUCAGAAAGUCGGCACAAUCCAGGCUUCUGUGUUUUGUUGUGACAGCUAUUGCAAAACUUGCUACUUACCACACUGAGUUAUUACCUAGAGCACGUGUAUCCUUGGCAAAGGUAGCCAGAUCUCGAAACUCAGAUGUGAGGGUUUGGAGGCGUGCUCGUGAUUAUCUGGGUUUAAUGAAUGAGCCUGCAAUUUGUUUGUCUGUUUUGGGAUCUUCCCAACCCUCACAAAAACACAGUCAGAGUCCAGGCACCAUCAAGUGGAGUGAGGGGAGCACAAAGAUGAUUGCUCAUAUUCCAUUUUACAUUUUAGGCGAACAAGAAGGACCACCCUACCAUGAUUUUUCAUUCUCAGAAACUAUUGCCAGAAGAUGAAAGCUGCAUAUUGAAGAGAAAACAAUGAAUCGCUGUAGUUUCUGAUACCGACCUUUAUCAAAUUAUUUUCCCAUCACGAGAAAUCCUUGUUAUAUAUAAAGAUAUAGCGUGAUCAAAACUUCAGGUGUCACAAACAAUUCAUAUAUAAGAUUUUUUCCACUUUUAAUAGUUAUGGCUGCUGAAGACCCAAACGAUCAAAUCUUUUGGACCCGCUGGUUGGGGACUAGUGCAAGCUGUCUUUCACACAUUUUCUUGGAACUAUCAACUAUUAAUGUCAGAAACUAUUACUUUGAAAUA